GUCCAGUUCACAUUCAGACUCUCAUACUGUUUGGUCGCCUGGGGUUGGUCUGCGGCGAUCCUGGCAUAGUAACAGCAGCAUCACAGCAGCAGCAGCAGUAGCAGCAGUAGCACUAUAGCACCAGUAAGAGCCACAGCAUCAAGGACAGCCUUAUCCUUAACAACAGUACCACACUAGUACUAUACUACCAGUACCACCAGCACAGUACCACCACUACUGGUACCACCACUACCACCACCACCACUACUGAUACCACCACUACCAGUAUCACCAGCACAGUACCAUGGCCGCAACAACAGUAACUAUAGGAACACUCGGGGCUGGUCUCGCGGCUGCCACCCUCGCUGGGGCAGUUGGUCUCGGUCUCGCUGGUCUGGCCCUCUACGGCGCCAGCGGCAGGUCUGGCGGAAAUCGUGGUUAUGGCGGCUACAGCCACCAUGGCGGGUAUGGCGGGGGACACCAUGGUGGCAGCUAUGGCUACCAUAGGCGCCGUCGUUCGCCAGAGGAAGACUCGGCGGCGCUGGAGAACUUGAUGGAGGUGAUCCGGGCGGAGGACGUGUCCGGGUGUGGGAGACGCCUAGUGUGUGAGCUGGCGGCCAACAACCAGCAGAGUCUUACUGUAGAGGAACUCUCCAUACUCAACCUGGUGGGGUCGUCGGUGAAGCCCGGGGAGGGAGUCCUGCCUCGAGGGGCAUCUCAGGAGUACAAGGAGGCUCGGGGACUUGGGGAGGCGGGCGGGGACUGUGACAAGGUCUUCCCCAAGUGUCCCCUUACCGGUGCCCAACUCAUGGGCGCCGUCAUGGCUUACCUCCCAUGAACCCAACAAGCCUGAGGAUCGCAAGUCGUAGAGUGUUGGAAAAAUGCCACGGACAAAACCGCUGACCCUUUUGUUUUUACGAGGACAUGAAGCAACCUAACCUAACCAACCUAAGUUAAUCUAACCUAAUCCAACGAUAGGUCUGGUGUCGUCUACUUUCAUAAAAUAAUAAUAAUAAUAAUAAUAAUAAUAAUAUAAAAAAUAAGAACAUGGCUUGGCAGUCUUAUUCGUGGUACUUUACUAACACUGCACGUACAGUACAGCCAGCAGCGUUGGGUCCCUGUGAGAGGAGUCGUCCACACAGACAUCAGCUUCUCCCCGGAGGAAUUUCAGCCACAAUUAUUUAUUUUUAUUUAUUUAUAAUUACGAUCCACAAGACGAAUUCAUUAUUAUGGUAACUUAAGAUAGUGUUGUGUAAGAAACUGUUGGUCUUCUUUGUCACUUCCUCAAACAUUUUCUAUCUUCAUUACCACAAAAUGUUGGACAAGUUUAUGUUUUCAUCAUAAAUUAUCCCAAACUGUAGUGAACCCCUCCAUCUAACGAACUAUGUGGAGAGGAAAGUCCAUUAUAUCGAAGGUCCUUUAAAUGUGAAACCCACCAUCUAACGGAUAAUAUGGAAAGAAAGAGAGAGAGAAAGUCCCUUAUAUGGAGGGUUCACUGUAACACAUAAGUAACUUAAACAAUGUCGCCUGUUGUUGAUAGGUCCACCCUGUCUUACCUAUUCGUCUAUAGUCUUCCACUACCUCACACAAUAAACAAACGAACUGAAGGA